CCUGCAUCACUCUGGGUAUAAAACACUUAAGAAUGUCUGAGUUCAGUCAGAUGCCAAGAAGCAAUCAGCAAGCAACUGCCUUACCCAAGAUGCCACUCAUCAAGCUCUGCUUCGCUCCGGCACUCCUGCUCCUAGUGCUCAGCUGUCCUCUGUGGCAAGUCAGCCAGUCUCUGCCAAUGAUGGGUAAAGGACCGAUGACAGACUCAUGUGUCUCAUAUGGACGAACACUUCUACAGAACAUCACUGAUGCUCUCACACAAAAUAACCUGUUCAGUGGGAUCGACUGCACAAAGCAGGGUAUGGAACUGAACACGGAGACAAACACGCCAUCUGUGUGUGCCCCGAAGGAAUCAACAUGCUCUGGAUUCGCUAAAGCAAAAUUCGAUCAGGAGUCAUGUCUGACAAACAUUGGGGAGGAUCUGCAUCACUACUACAAAUUUCUCGCAGCUCAGCCGGACCCUGAAAGUUUACUUGGUCCAACUGUUCUGGUCAGCCUCAGAGAAUUCAUGGAGAACUGCUUCGCAUGGUCCCUGCCCACAGACUUGGCCUCAGCGCAGGCUGCUGCAGACCGUCUCAGCACCUACGAUGAAAGGCUGAGGCUCUGCAAAGUGCUGAAGGGCUUCCAUGUCCGCACCAUCACAAUCAACAGAGUCAUUGGAUACAUGAACUCUGGCGAACACACCAAAUGA